GAAAGACAAAUGGCAAGAGUUAUGGGACACAGCACAGACAGGUAGACAGUUUUAUAAUAUUCAAAGAAGAGUGGGAAAGGGCAGAACCACAAGCAGAGGAAAACAAGAGGAAGAAGUGAUAUCAAGGUUGAGAUUUGGACACACAGGGCUAAAUAGCACACUAGCAAUAAUUAAGAAACAUGAAAAUGGGAAAUGUAAUUACUACAAUAAACCGGAAACAGUAGAACAUGUAAUUCUCUAGGUAUCAUUAUUAUAGACUCAGAUUAAUACAACAACUAGAAGGAAAUAAACUUAAACUGAAUGUUCAGGACAUCCUAAAAAAAGGGUCAGGAGAAAUUGAUUUUAAGUUUCUUUUUUCUUUUUUGAAGGAAACAGGAUUAGUAAACAGGAUAUAGGAAAAUAGAUUAAAACUCUACAAACUACUGGUUCCAUACUCCAGUCUAGAUGGUGGCGGUAAUGCACCAAAAAGCUAGUUGCCAUCCGCCAAAAAAAAAAAAAAAAAGAAGAAGAAGAAGAUUGCUACGCUGAACACUUGACGUCAAUUGAUGGCGCCUCUUCCUAAUACUGCUUUCUACAGGUCAACUAGCGUGGUUACAAGAGAAAUAGAAGUACUAAGCAAAGAAAUAAAUGGUUGCUGGUUUUAAUACAUAUUAUACUACAUAUAACCACAGUACUUAUUAAAAAAAAAAAAAAAAAAAAAAAAAAAAAAAACCGCAUUCUAAAGUGUCGGUCACAACGAGUUACUGUUCAAACCUCCGUUUUGAGAGCUAGCACACUAGCUAACCUCGUUUUGUGUGCUGUAUCACACUGGUUGAUCUUAAGUCUGUAACCCGGCUGUAACUGAGCUGAAUGAAGUGGUAACGGAUCUAAUAGCGGAAACGUGUCACUUAUCUCCUUCCUCGUCAGUUAGCUUAGCUCGGCUAGCCAUGGAGUGUCCUCAUCUAAGCUCUACUGUGUGUUUGGUGCUGGAUCCCACUCGCUUUCCACACGGUUCCCCCUCCUCAUGGUGCUGUAGCGUUUGCCGUUCAACCAAAAGUUCCUGGGUUUGCCUAACCUGCGUCAGUGUGCACUGUGGAAGGUAUGUCAAUGGCCAUGCGAAGAAACAUUUCGAAGAGGUACGCAGUCCAGCAAGUGGUCAGAAGAAAAAUGAGAAAAUUCAGUCACACUGUGUGUGCAUGGACUGCAGCAGCUAUAGCACAUUCUGUUACCAAUGUGAUGAAUUUGUGGUGAACGACACCAAACUGGGCCAGGUGCAGAGGGUGAGAGAGCAUCUUCAGAGUUUAGAAAACUCUAUGGCGAAUACUGACCGGCAGAGGAAAAGAAAGCUCUCGGGCAGUAACUCUCCGGACCACAAGAUGACAGAGGAUGGUGAGAGCUCUCUAGCUCGAAGUGCCACAGGCCUGCGCAACCUGGGCAACACAUGCUUUAUGAAUGCCAUCCUCCAGUCUCUCAGCAACAUUCCAGAGUUCAGUUGCUAUUUUAAAGACAUGCCAGCAGUGUCAUUGCGGAGUGGAAAAACGGCUGGAAGAAGAAUGUACCACACCCGAAGCCAGGGGGACAGCAGUGUGUCCCUGGUAGAGGAGCUCAGGAAAACCCUUUGUUCACUUUGGCAGGGAAGUCAGACUGCAUUUAGCCCAGAUGCUUUGUUCUAUGUCAUCUGGAAGAUAAUGCCAAGUUUCAGGGGCUACCAGCAGCAGGAUGCCCAUGAAUUUUUGCGGUACCUGCUGGACCACCUUCACAGAGAGCUACAGGGCAGUAAGAAUGGAGUGCCCAGUUCCACCCUUUCUCCAGAUAGUCCAAAGCUUAACUUGGAUGGCAAAUGUAGCAUUAAUGGACCUCCCACAAUGGUCACUUCUGUAUUUGGUGGUCUUCUGCAGAAUGAAGUCAAUUGCUUGAUAUGUGGAACAGAGUCGAAGAAGUUUGACCCAUUUCUAGACCUUUCAUUGGACAUUCCCAGCCAGUUCAGAGUAAAACGGACAAAGGACCAGGAGCCAGGGCCAACAUGCACUUUGAAAGACUGCCUUUCUAGUUUCACUGAUCUGGAGGAGCUUGAUGAAACAGAGCUCUACAUGUGUCAUAAGUGUAAAAAGAGGCAGAAAUCUACCAAGAAAUUCUGGAUUCAAAAUCUGCCUAAAGUCCUGUGUUUGCACCUGAAGCGGUUCCACUGGACAGCUUUUCUAAGAAAUAAAGUUGAUACCUAUGUGGAGUUCCCAUUACGAGGCCUUGACAUGAAGAGCUAUUUGCUGGAGUCUGAGAGCAGUUCGCCUAAGAGUUGCCUGUAUGAUCUUGCUGCUGUAGUGGUGCAUCAUGGAUCUGGGGUGGGAUCAGGGCAUUACACAUCAUACGGGCUUCACCAGGGCAGCUGGUAUCACUUCAACGACAGCACAGUAACCGUGGUCAAUAAGGAGGCGGUAGCCAAAGCAAAGGCCUACGUUCUCUUUUACACAGAGCGGACAGAUCAGGACAGCACAGAAUCUGAGACUAAGCCUAAGAUUUAAUCUGCCUUACUGCACCGUAAAGCCUUCAAAAUUGUAGUCCAGGUCCUUCUACUCACAUUUCCUCAACAAGAUCUGUCAUUUUAUGCAUAGCAGCAGCACCACCACAGAAGACCUCAGUACUGUAAAUACAUAGCUGCUGAGUUUGUUGUAAGAAAACAUUCCUAUUGUUAGCUAUUUCUGUGAAUUUCCCCACUGUGGGACUAAUAAAGGAUUAUCUUAUCUUA